AUGAUGGCAAGCGCCCCUCCCUUAGCCGUGCGUAGUACUCGUCUUUCCCACGCAGCGCUGCUGUGUCUCGUCAUUUCCAUCGCGCUUUCCGCGCCGUGCGCCGUGCGCGGCGCGCCGGGUCCUGCCGCGACGUCGAUAGCGGCGGCACUGGCGAGCGCGGAGUCGCCGUCGCAGUCGUUCAACGUGUCGCUGCUCGUCCUCAACGCCACCGGGCUGCUCGCCAAGCUGCCCGCGCUCGCGCCGCUCACCCUCUUCGCGCCCACCGACGCCGCGUGGCGCGCCGCAUUCCACGCCCUCGCUCUGCCUUAUCUAAGCGGCUACAUUCCCUUCCCCGGCCCCGGCUUUGGAUUCGGCGGCGGCGGCUGCGGGACCCCCGGAAGCCCGGGCAGUCAGGGGAACAGUUCAGACGGCGCCGCCAAUCCCGGUGGCAUCGCGCAGCCGAUCUCAGAGCCCGGCGCGACGGGAGGCGCUAGCGGCGGAGCGAGCGCGGCGAUGAUUCCCGGCCUUCCGCAAAUUGACUUGCCGCUGCCCGGCGUUCCCGACCUGCCCAUUCCCGGGAUUCCCGGCGGGUCGGACGGGUUGAAUCUGACGAUGCCGUCUCUGGAUAACAUGACGAUUCCCAUGCCGCCCGACAACUGGACCAUGCCCGACUUUAACAUGUCCAUGCCUGGCAUGCCCGACUUUAACAUGUCCAUGCCUGGCAUGCCCGACUUUAACAUGUCCAUGCCCGACAACUGGACUAUGCCUGACUUCAACUGGACCAUGCCCGAUUUUAAUUGGACCACACCUGAUCUGUUGACUUUCGACCCGCUUAUCGCCGCAUUGAGCGCCGUGUUUUCCGGCGACGGGACGCCCGCGUCGCUGGCGGCGCUGGCGAAGGAGCGGCCCGAGGCGCUGAAGGCUCUGUCGGAGCUGCUCGCGUACCACGUGGCGACGGCGGCGCUGAACGCGGCGGCCAUCGCGGCGCAGUUCACGGCGGAUGCGGGCAACCUGACGACGGUGAACGGGCAGGGGCUGUGGAUCAACUUCAACGCGAGCGAGUCCGCCGCGCUGCUCAACGCGUACACGCCGGCGCAGCGCGCGCUGAUGAGCGAGGGGAUCAGCGUGGGGUACGACGGCACCGUGUACUACCCCAACGGCACCACCGUCGCCGCCAACGGCACCGUGCUGUAUGACGCGGGGACGAGCCCCAUAGCCGUGGACUCGGACGGCAACACCUACUUCGCCAACGGUACCGUCGUCAGCGCCAACGGCACCCUCGUCUCCAACGGCACCGAGCCGGGAGUCCCCCUGCCCCCCGCCAUCACAUCGCCUCCCUCCGACCCCUCGGUGGCGCCGCGCGGCAUGGCUGGCGCACAGAUGAUGAUGGAGCCUCCCCAGAUGAUGGGCGGCGGCCCCGCCGAUAUGCCCCCCGCCACCGCCAUGCCCGGCCCCAUCCAGGUGGACCCGCGCCCGGGGGACAUGGGCGCAGGGGGCAUGAUGGGGGGCUUGGGGGACAUGAUGGGCGGGUGGGGAGGCAUGGCGGGGUGGUGGAGCAACUGGACUGCGGAGGUGCAGCAGCAGCUGCUGGGGAAUGCGACUGAGUGGAUGAAUCAGGCCGUGCCGGGGCUGAACGUGACUGCCAGCGAGUACCUCGCGUGGCUCAACUCGUCCUCCUAUGCCUGGGCGGCAGGGUCUAAUAGCAUGUGGGAGCAGGCUGGCAGCGACAUGAAGGUGGCUCGGGUGGUGCGGGCUGAUCUGAUGGACAGCGCUGGCAUGGUGGUGCAUGGCGUGGAUGCCGUGCUCUUCCCCCACUUCCGCGACUUGCCCGUGUUCCCAGUUGUGUUGGACGACUCAGACUUGACAAGGAAUGGCACUGCUACCAACGGAACCACCGGCGAGGGGAGCAGUUCUGCCUCUGGCAAUGGAACGGCAGACGCGGGUGGAAUGGCAGAUGGCAGUCCUGCCAGCAGCAGCCCUGGGAACUCCAGUGGAGGGACCAGCAGCAAGGGAGAUGUCAGUAGCAGCAGCACCGUGCCUACUGCGGGGACAGCUCCGACUGGCACACCUGGAAAAACUGGUGCUAGAGGUCAUCCAGCCUUGCUCCCACUCUGGUCUUUCAUCCUUGCAACCGUAGCUGUUCUUGCACUUGGCUGA